GUCUUAUUUGAACAGAGUUUAAGAUUUAUUUUAAGUCGCGUAAACGGAUGACAAAAUGAACUGACGUUGAUGAAACGACGCAGUUUGUAGUAGGGGAUUUGUCAUUUUAUUGAAAACCAGAGAUAUCCAGUUUUGACUAAAUCAUAGCAGUGAAUAGCAUUUAAAAAAUAUGAUGUACCAAAUUGCUGUAGGCAGGUGACACUAUACAAGAUCGAAAUAUAGAGCAAUGGCUUUGAACAAGUAUAUGCAUCCAAGAAACAUUUACAAAACAAGGAAACCAGACUUUAAAGCCCUGUCUUCAAAAUAUGAUUACUUCAAUGAAAAAGUAAAAGUGAAUGCAUCUGGUAAAGUGAUCCUAGAUUUCAAGGACCCUGCUGCUCUUAGGGCCCUUUUUAGGGCCCUCUUGGAAGAUGAUUUUGGACUUGCUGUGACAGUUCCACUGGACAGACUUAUACCUACAGUUCCACAGAGAGUAAACUAUAUUCUUUGGCUGGAAGAUAUCAUUGGGAAGGAAAAUGGAGCAAAAGGAAUUGAUAUAGGAACAGGAUCAAGCUGUAUCUAUCCGCUGUUGGGAUGUAGACUGAACCAGUGGCAGUUCCUGGCAUCUGAAAUAGACGAUCAGAACAUGUACUUCGCCAACAAGAAUGUAGCUAGUAACAAAAUGGAGGAUAAAAUUACAAUAAAGAAAGUAACAGAGGACACUCUACUGAUAGGGCUAGUUGAUGAAAAUGAGAUAUAUGACUUCAGUAUGUGCAAUCCUCCAUUCUACUCAGAUCAUCUUGAGGCACAGGGUAUAACAUCCGCGCGGAAUGACGACAGGUCAGAAUCGUCGUCCAUAUCUACAGCAAGUGAGGCGGAGAGUAUCGCAUGGGGUGGAGAAGUUAGAUUUGUAACACAGAUGAUUGAAGAAUCCCUCAUACUGAAAAAUAAAAUCAGAGUUUAUACGAGCUUACUGGGUAAAAAGAUGAGUUUGUCCCUGCUGAAGGAUGUGCUGCAAAGGAAAAAGGUUCCUAAGUAUGCCUCCACUGAAUUUUGUCAGGGCAAGACCAUGAGAUGGGGAAUAGCUUGGACAUUUGAUGAGACAGUGGAAUUUCCGAAAUCUUCAUUUAAAGAACAGAAGAAUAUUAAGCCACCUCUACAUUUGGAAAUCCCACGGUCAUCAGCAGAAGUGGUGGGAGACUACACUGUCCCAACUCACUCCUGGUUUCUUAUAAAACAACUGGAGGAGCUAAAGAUUCACUUCUACACAAAGCACAACGGAAAGUUCUAUGCCUGUUUUAUCAUCCAAGCUAAGGAAAAUACAUGGUCUCAUCAGAGGCGAAAACGAAGACAACAACACAAACAUGAGACCGAACUUAAAGCAGGUGAUCAGAAAAAAUCAGUUGAAAGUGAUUUAAAAGACGUUGAAAAAAGAAGCAGCAAAUUGGAAAACGCUGGUAAGGAAAUUGAAGCAGAGAGUGCAAGUAAAGGUAUUGACUCGGAAUGUAAUCCUGCAGAAAAGAUAGAAGACAUUGAAAGUGAAGUUACUGAUAAAAGUUUAGAAGUGGAAAAAAAAGUUAGAAAAAGAACAUUGAGUGAUCAAGACAGUGGUCUUGAUUCAAAAAAGGUAAAACUUGACUCAGACGAUCAGUGUAAAGAAGUUGAGGGUAAAGGUAAGAAUACAGAAGAAAAUGGAAAUGGUAACCUUGGCGAGAAGAAUGACUUAACUGAUGAAACUGUUAAACAGGAAGUUGAAAGUUCUAAUAAACUUGUACGGAAAGACGUCAUAGAACAGUUCUGGAAAGAGAAGCAGGCAAACAGUGAGAAAAAGCCUGGAAAGAAAGUAGAGAAAUCCUUCUACGAGUCUCUUGAACCAUUUAAUGAGGAAGAGGAAUGUUUGUUGUUGAGUAAGAUUGUGCUAAGGAAAGAGGAAGGAAUUAUUUCACUUUCUAUGACAUACAUGAGCGGAAAAAGGGAAUCCAUGCAUCAGAUAUUACAGUUUUUCAAGAACAAACUUUGUGCAAAGCAGAAAAGUUAAUAUUUUACAUUUUGAAAAAAAAAGACAUACCAGGUAGUUGAUCUGUGUAAUGUUGAAAAGUAUCAGGUAAAAUAUUUUUUUUAUUUAGCUGAUCUAAGCUCAGCCUAUGGUUAGCUUAAGCAAGAUGGGUAGUCUGGCAUACAUUUUUUAGUUACCUUUAAACAACAUCAGUUAACAUAAAAAACCUGUUGACUUUGAAAUAGCAGAAUUGAAAAAAUCUCAGUAUUUCUAUGUUAAUAGGUUAAGAAAAUUGGCUUUGUUCAUUUGACUUUUCACAUGUAACUUACAAAAAUGCUGGUAAACAUUUUUCAUAAUCAAAUAUAUUUUCAUCUGUUAAAAAAAUGUAAAGUGCAUGCUUUGUCAAUCUUGUUUAAUUCGUAUUCUGAAGAAUCCAUACAUACACAGUUUUAGCUGAUUAUACCAUCAACAUAUCCAUCAGUUGAUUAGAACCCAUCCUAUAGUGCAAGUGGACGAUUCCUAAUGUACAUUGUUUUAGCUACUUACACUCUAAACAUAUCCACCAAUUGAUUAGGAGCCAUUUUAUAGUGCGGUGGACGAUUCCUUAUGUACAUUGUUGUAACUGCUUAUGCUCUUAAUAUAUACGUCAAUUGAUUAGAACCAACCACAUCUGGUUGUAUACAGUCCACAUAUCCACUGAUUGGUUAGAAGAAAUGGAAAAAACCACAUGUAUAUUAAACAGUCAGUGUAGUCACCAGUUGACUUUUAUUGACCAUAGACUAUCCAUAGACUAUAACAUUCUUUACUAAUAACACUUACUGUACUGAUUACUGAUAAUGAGAAUAUCACCUUUAUAUAACGACCAGAAAGACUAAUAAUGCAUCUUGGAGAGAAAAAAAUAGGACUUUCUUGUAUUGCUGGUGCACUACCGCAAGCAUCUGUAGGUGGGGUAGCUCCAGUAAUAAUAACCAAAGGCUUUGGGGAUGAAACCUGGUGAUCACCCGACAAUCAUGGUGAUACAUCUCAGUUGGUCAGGUUUUGUUUUUUUAAAGAUGUCCACUUUUUUGCAUGUGUUUGCUGUUCUUUUGUUAAUUUUUUGCAUACUUUAACCUAUUUUGCAACAUUUUCAGUUUGAUCAGUUUUCACCCUUGUUUAUAUUUGUACAUAAACAGUACAAUAUAGAUAGUUUAAAAGUAAUUGUCUCAAAUUGGAUAUAUACGCACACACAUGGAAUGUAAUAAUGUAUUUCACACUCAAAACAUUCUUACAUUCAGUAGGUGAGAAUUUAUGUUUGUACAGCAGUUUCAAACAGCGAUGAUCUCUGAACAUAUUUGCAUUAUGCAUGAUAGGUGAUUUUCAGAUGUAAUCUGUCUGAUUUUGGGGUCACUCGAUCAAAGGUCAAGGUCACAGGGGCAUGAACUUGGGAAAACUUUUUCCAUUUCAUAACUUGAGAACCAACAGGCCCAAAAUGUUGAAACUUAGUGGUAUGAUUGGACAUGCCAAGUACCUAGAUGAUCCCUAUUGCAGCCAACCAUUUGUCCACAGUUUUUUCCACAGUCACUCUGGAAUAUGUACAGUCAGGCACUGGAAACUGUUAAAUAAAUUUUCCUUCUUUCUAUAUUAAAUAUCUUUGGAGGGCCGUGUUCUACAAAACUGUAUAAAAACUGUACUUGAAGGGCCAGAGAUAAACGAAAUUAAAAUUGUAGCAGUUAAAACAUUAAAUUAAAUGAAAUACAAAAAAAUUGCUGCGGUUCAACUAAUUUGACUUUACCCUGGUAAGAAGGUAACCUACCUCUUUAAAACACUGACCCAGUUAAAACCCGUUUUUCUUCUGCAGGCAGAGGAUUCUUCUUCUUAAUGCCUGGCUGGAUUGUUCAAAUUCUUUUCCUGUGAUGGCUAGUGAUAAGUAUGACUGUGAAUGAUUCUGAUGUUGUGUUUUUGUGCUCCCUCCCCAUGAGUGGUCUCCACAUGAGUGGUGGGGCCAUAUAGAUUUGGUCUUGUCCGUGCGUCUGUGUGUCCAUACAUAGUUCGUGAAGUGCCUUGCUAAAAAAGUAUUCAAUAUAAAUUGAUGAAACCAUGCAGGAGUCUUUAUAAUGGUAUGAACUUGCACACCUCCUAUGUUUCGUCUGGCUUCAGCCCCCUAUUUCUGGAGUAAAGGCCCCUAUUUCUAGACUUACAACUCAAAAGGUAUUUGAUGUAGAUUCAUGAAACCUUGCAUGAUUCUUAAUCAUGAUCUGAGCUUACACAUCUCCUAUUUUGUAACCGGGCCUGCCCCUAUUUUCAGAGUUAUGGCCCAUGAAAUAGUCAAAAAUGCACAUUGUCAGAUUGUGACGCGCCUAGUUCAAAAAGUAUUCAAUAUAAAUUUAUUUAUCCCCCUGCCAAAGGCGAAGGGGAUAUUAGAGAUGCUCUCCGUGCGUGCGUGCGUGCCUCCGUCCGUGCAUCCGCAACGAUCUUUGUCCGGAGCAUAACUCCAAAAGUACUGGAGGGAUUUUCUUCAAACUUCAUACACUGAUAGAACACAUUGGGAGGAAGUGCAGUGUGCAAGAACAAUAACUCUACCUUGCCUAUUUCUUGAGUUAUUCCCCUUUAUCAUAUUUUCUUGAAACAUUUUGUCCGGAGCAUAACCCCAAAAGUACUGGAGGGAUUUUCUUCAAACGUCAUAUCGAGGGCUUAGCGCAAAACUACUGUAUCUUGUUCUUUAUUUAUAUACAGUUACAAUAGUUUUGCACCAAGCCCAUGAUAUACAAAUAGAACACAUUGGAAGGAAGUGCAGUGUGCAAGAACAAUAACUCUACCGUGCCUAUUUUUUGAGUUAUUCCUCUUUAUCAUUUUUUCUUAAAAUAAAUUUGUCCGGAGCAUAUCUUCUUCAUGCAUGGAGGGAUUUUGAUAUAUCUUGGCACAAAUGUUUACCACCACGAGGCGGAGUGUCAUGCCAAAAGAACCAGGUCCGUAGGUCUAAGGUCAAGGUCACACUUAGAGGUCAAAGGAUACAAGAAUAAAAACCUUGUCCGGAGCAUUUCUUCCUCAUGCAUAGAGGGAUUUUGAUAUAACUUGGCACAAAUGUUCACCACCAAGAGACGGAGUGUAAUGCGCAAGAUCCAGGUCACAAGGCCUAAGGUCAAGGUCACACUUAGAGGCCAAAGAUCAGAUACAAGAAUGAUGUUGUCCGAAGCAUUUCUUCUUCAUGCAUGGAGGGAUUUUGAUGUAACUUGGCACAAUUAUACACCAUCAUGAGAUGAAGUGGCAUGAGCAUUUCCCUUCUUUAGAAUUACUUCCCUUUGUUGUUAUUUUAAAUAGCUUUUAUUGCAACUUUUUCGUUACUAGUCAUAGGGAAAAACCGAGACCACUUUUCUGUAAGACAACAAGCAUGCUAAAUCCAAUUUUGAGGUGUAUUUUGACCAAUCUCUACCUGAUAAAGAUUUUUGUGUGGACUUGUAAUUUUUUUUUUUUUUUUUUAAUUUUUAGCUCAUCUGAUUUUUUGAAAAAAAAUGAUGAGUUAUUGUCAUCACUUGAGCGGUUGUCGGCGUCGGCGUCGGCGUUGCUUGGUUAAGUUUUAUGUUUAGGUCAGCUUUUCUCCUAAACUAUCAAAGCUAUUGCUUUGAAACUUGGAAUACUUGUUCACCAUCAUAAGCUGACCCUGUAUAGCAAGAAACAUAACUCCAUCUUGCAUUUUGCAAGAUUUAUGGCCCCUUUUGUACUUAGAAAAUAUCAGAUUUCUUGGUUAAGUUUUAUGUUUAGGUCACCUUUUCUCCUAAACUAUCAAAGCUAUUGCUUUGAAACUUGAAAUACUUGUUCACCAUCAUAAGCAGACCCUGUACAUCAAGAAACAUAACUCCAUCUUGCUUUUUGCAAGAAUUAUUGCCCCUUUUGGACUUAGAAAAUCAGUUUUCUUGGUAAAAUUUUAUGUUUAGGUCAACUUUUAUCCUAAACUAUCAAAGCUAUUGCUUUAAAACUUGCAACAGUUUUUCACCAUCAUAAGUGGACCCUGUACAGCAAGAAACAUAACUCCAUCCUGCUUUUUGCAAGAAUGAUGGCCCCUUUUGGACUUAGAAAAUAUCAGAUUUCUUGGUUAAGUUUUAUGUUUAGGUCAACUUUUUCUCUUAAACCAUCAAAGCUAUUGCUUUAAAACUUGCAACUGUUGUUCACCAUCAUAAGCUGACCCUGUAAAGCAAGCAACAUAACUCCAUCCUGCUUUUUGCAAUAAUUAUUGCCCCUUUUGGACUUAGAAAAAUCAUUUUCUUGGUUGAAUAUUAUGUUUCAGUCAACUUUUCUCAUAAACUAUCAAAGCAAUUGCUUUAAAACUUGCAACAGUUUUUCACCAUCAUAAGUGGACACUGUACAUCAAGAAACAUAACUCUAUCCUGCUUUUUGCAAGAAUGAUGGCCCUUUUUAGACUUAGAAAAUCAUGGGUAGGACAAUAUUUCUAUUAUACAAAAAAAAUCAGAUGAGCGUCAGCACCCGCAAGGCGGUGCUCUUGUUUUAUAAAGAUCAACUUCCCUUAGUUGUUACUGUAAAUAACUUAUAUUGUAACAUUUUUAUGAUUGACCCUAGGGGAAAAAACAAGACCACUUUUCUGUGGUACAACAUAGAUGUUACUCUCCAAUUUUAAGUGUAUUUUAUCAUAUAUAAGGUACCUCUACCUGGUAAGGAGUUUUUUGUGGACUUUAAAAAACAAAAGACUUACAAUGAUUACUAAACAACCACAAAAUUAACAUUCCAUUUGCAAAUACAGGUGCUAGAGUAAAGAAAUUUGCUUUGACGGGUAUAUAUUGUGACAUUCUGGCACUCUUGUUCCCUAUUAGCUUUCCAUUCAGUCUUUUUACAGUAGCCAUAUAGAAAAACAUCAUAGCUAUACUGUUCAUGAAAAUUAAUAAAAUUUAGCAGUAAACCGCCUAAUUACUGACUUAUUCUUUGUUCCACCCCUGAUGCGGACCACAACUAAACGGUUCUUCAAAGCUUUCCCCAAAAUUAAUACUUUCAGACACUAACUUGCCAGGAACUUUAGCCUUCAGUUAUAAUAUGCCCAGCGGGGGGAUUAGUCAUGUGUAACAUGGCUCUUGUUAAACCUUGUAUGAGUCUUUAUCAUGAUAUGAACUUGCUCACCUCCUAUUUUUCAUCUGAAUCAGCCCUCUAUAUCCAGAGUUAUGGCUCUUGAAAUAGUCAAAAAUGCACAUUUUCACCUUGUGACGCGCCUAACUCAUAAAGUAUUACAUAUGAAUUGAUUUAACCUUGCUCGAGUCUUUAUCAUGAUAUGAACUUGUGCACCUCCUAUUUUUUGUCUGCCCCAGCCCCUAACUUACAGAGUUAUGGUCGCUGAAAUAGUCAAAAAUGCACAUUUUCACCUUGUGAUGUACCUAGCUCAAAAAGUAUAUGAUAUAUAUUCAUGUCCAUGUAAUGUUUGUUUAUGCUAUACACCAUUAAGGUUUUGAAGUAGGCCUUGAGGAACAAAAAUCAAACAACAUCAUUUUCAAAGGGAGACAAUUUUUUCUCGACGAUUACUUAAAAUAAUCGGAAAAAGUUGUCUCCCUUUGAAAAUGAACCUCCAUUUGUACUUAAAACAAUCAGAAAAAGUUGUCUCCCUUUGAAAAUGAAUACCAUUUGUAAAGAAAUAAAGAUAAACAAUUGCUGAAAACUAUGUUCCACCUUGUUAUUCGAAAUUUCACCACUCGCAUGCAAUUGCAAAUGCAUCAAAACAAACAUGUGUAAUUGUUUUUUCAAAAUUGUUAGUUUUUAAAAGCGUUUAACUGUCCGGAAGUGGAGCUCCUUUAGGCAGUCCUUUUCCGGAAUUCAGUGUUUAUAUCAGUAAACUGACACUUGUUUUGAAAAGUAAUAUGUAUACAUGUUUUACUUGCUGUUCAUUUUUCAUGUCAAACAACUCUUUCUUUCUAUGAUUUGUUGUUGUUUGAGUUUUGUUUCUCAAGGCCUACUUCGAAACCUUAAUGGUGUAUAGCAUAAACAAACAUUACAUGAAAAGGAUUUAUUUUAAUUAGUCUAGGCUAUAUACUUCUUGAGCUAUGAGCAUCACAAACAAAAAAUCCACUAUUUCGGCUAUUUCAAGGGCCAUAAAUCUGUAAUAAGCACAAAGAUUCUCAAGAAGAAUGCCAAGUGUGCAAGGUAACAUUAUGAUAACACUGCAACCAUUUGAAUUAUUUCUCCUAACUUGUGACAAAUGUACCAGUGGGGGCACACCCUGUGUCUAAAGACACAUCCUAGUUAAAGUAUUGACAUCAUCGGCUUGCCCUGAAAUUCAAGACCAUUGUCACACUAUUCCUGGAAACCGGUGUUCUAGCAUUAACUUUUAUAGCGCAGUUGCUACUUCAGCCUUUGACUUCAGUGGCUGUGGCAUUAUGUAUCUUGAGUGAAUAUCAAUUACUUGUCAUGUUUGUAGUAUAUACUUGUAUGUUAGCCUUUCAUAUUUUCAUGUUCAGAAUGUCAAUUUGCCAUCUUUGAUUAGAAGACGAAGAUUUUACAGUCUUUGGCAAAGGUUUAUUUGUAAAUCUUGGAUAUGGCAUGUGAUGGUACAAGCUUCAGUGGAGUAUUCCUGUAAUACGUUUCUCACUGAACCCUGUAUAGCAUUCCUUUAGUUUGAUCUACAAAAUACGUGAACUGCAGCCAUCAUAUGGCACAAGGUCUAUAAUUCUGGCACAGAUAUAAAGUGACUUAUGUCCCUUUUUACUUAAAUUGAUGCUUUUUCACUCUGUUUCUGUUGUUACUAAAUGGACUUUAUUCAAACUUAAAAUGAUGGUUCUACAUGGUCAAUAACAUUAUAUGACUCAGUGUUAUGUUGCUGACACUAAAAGUUAUACCCCCUUUUUACUAGAGUUUCAGGUUAAGUUGUGAUGCACUUCUGUUCUAUCUCACUAAUUUGAUUGUAACAUCUAAUUGUUGCCCCACAUUAUUAGCCUCACAAUAUCACACAAUGUCCUGGUGCAUUACUUAUGCAGAAAUUUCUAUGAAUUAUGUCCCUUUUAUGCUUUGUUAAUGUUUUGAUAUACUUCUCUAUCCCAGCUAGACACAGACAGUUGCAUUUGACACAGCCUUAAGCUUUCAUCCGAUAUCAUCAUCCACUUUGGAGUAAUUUAACACUUCAGUGACAGCUCUGGCUUCCUCACAUGUGCACUGUUUUACCAUCAAGCAUCGAAAUGGUCGGGCAUGCUGUCUUCUGAGACGGUUCUUGUUAUUCUUAGCUGUUGAACAGCACGUGCAUGUAGAUGUCGUCGACGUUUUUUCCGGCUGGGUGGUUUCAUCUGAAAAGGAUGGCAUCAGUAUUCUUACAUAAACAAUUAUACAAAUAUUAUCAAUGAUAUUACUUCACAAUUUCAGCAUUUUAAAAGGAAGGAUUGCCAGUCCCACCAAGAUCAGGUGUUUCUAUGAAAUAACUUUAAAGUUUCAUGACGGUCUUUUGAAUGUUAGAAACAAUUUGGCAAACAUGCAUUUACCUAACUACUUACUCUUAAUAAAUGACAGUAAAGCUGAAAAGCUGAAAAAAAUGCAUAAAAUGAUGAAAUAUACAAAUACAGUAAUAGUAUGACCCUAAAAGAUACAUAAAAGAUGAUUUUCAUACGCCCAAUUGGGCAUACUAUUUUUUGAUGCCAGUGUCUGUCUGUCUGUCUGUCCGUCUGGAAAUCAUACCUAGAAAAUGGUUUGAUAUAUUUUAAUAAAAUUUUAUAUACAUGUUCACCAUUAUGGGGAAAAUGUCAGUCAAAUUACCCAAGUAACACCAGAGUUAUGGCCGUUUGUAGUUUCUAGUGUUAACUAUGUAGGUUACUAUAAAUAUGGCAAUUUCUACUUCGUAACUAUGAAACUUCGAAUUGAGAUCAACAUAAUGUGGUAGUGCACACACAAUUUCGUCAAACUUAAAUGAAAAAAAUUGUCAUAGGGUACAGGGAUACAGCCCUGAGUUUCAUUAGGCCCAUACACCUACUGAAAAGACCUUUCAGAAAGACCAUGCAUUUACGUGCAAUACAACUAAAAUGUGUAUUGGAAGGGAGAUAAGUCUUACCUGAGAGUAACAGCAAGUUUGAACAAAGUAAUUCAUCUUGUUAUUUACCUUGUAAAAAGGACGUGUAUGUUUUGCAUCAUAGAUAUUCAGCAUUAAAUGAUCCAUUAAGAUUGUUCAAAUUUCAAAUAUCACAAAAGCGCAUUAUAACAAAAUAAUGAGUAAAAGUAACUGAAAAUAUAAAAAGAAAAACAAAAAAAGAAAUGUUCUAAAUGUGAAAUUUACUGUAAAAUUUACUGUGAAAUGUAUAGUUAAUCAAAAUUUUCUGCAAUACAAAUCAAAAUCCUAACUGUCUGCGAAUGACUGCAAACGAAAGCGGUUCUUGUGGUUCAUCAGUCACUUUUAAUUUAAACAUUUCACUAAAUUUGUUGUCCUCCCGUCUCCGCUUAUCUUCCAUAGCCACCCUUAAAGUGUUUGCAAAAGUUUGAAGAUACAGUUUGUCACAUUGUUUCAUUCUAAUGAAUAUCCUUAAGUAUUUCAGUUGACCUGAAUGGACUAUUUUCCUGCACAAGUCUUUCAUAAGAUCAUUUGACCUGAAUGGACUAUUUUCCUGCACAAGUCUUUCAUAAGAUCAUCACAUUCCUAAAACGUAAAAAGCAAGACUAAAAAUUCAAGGUCAGAAGUCCUGUAGAAAUUUAGGAAAUUCGCUGUCGGGUCUGCUAGUAGCCUUAGGAAAUGUUCGUGGCUGCGUUUGCAGUCCCUCUGCAGUUCGUUACUGAAAAAUCCAUACUUUCGAAAUCAGAAAUGUAUAGUCCAUCAACAAAUUUUUCCGAAUUCCAUUUCAAACUUAUAUCCAUAAAUUUUGAGCGUUUUGCAAGUGUAGAUUCUCUUAAUUCUUCCAUUUUAAGUUGAGUGAGAAAACACGUUUUAAAUGAGUGAGAUGUUGUUUGUCUAUGCGACGUGAUCGAAUCAUGGAUAUAGUUAAUAUGGAAUUAACUGUGGAUACAUUUUUGAGUAGGCUAAAGGCUGAAAGCCUUUUGACGAGUCCUUGCUGUUCAGCGAUUAUCUAAAUGGACAGAAUAACACGUGAAGGGAUGUAGUUCCAUUAGAUUUCUCAAACUUCAAACAGUUCACUGCAUGAAUGAAGUUAAGUUGUGUCAAUUCCCUUCGCUAUGACCAAUAUACGAUGUAAUCUGUCAUAUUUAUGACUUGUAAUUGUGCAAUACUCGAAUGUAACUCAUUAAGCAUAAAUGUGCAUUUUAAGAAUUGCGCAGGCUUACAAAGCUUGGGUAACAUCCGGUGAAAGACAAAAAAUAGUUCCACAGGGCUCCAGAUAAGAUGCGUAUUAGUGUAAAUUAUGUAUAGAAAUAAUGCAAAUACGCAUGUCUAAUAAUUUCUAAGCAUAUAAAAACGUAUAUAAAAUUACAGAAACGCACACAAUGCUUUUUUAAAAACAAAAUCUGAAUCGUCUGGAUGCGUUAGGUAACAUAGCCGAUCAGCCUUAAUUCUCCCACAUUGAACGUAAACACGCAUCGUAUGAUUUCUAUAAACUUUGCGUGGGUUGAAUUUUGCAGUCAGUAAACGGAUAAAUUAUCGGAAGAAGAAGCUCUUACUGGUUUGUUUAGUUACUACUGAUAUUAAAAAUGAUUUUAAUUCUUAUUUUUCGAGAAAUAAACAAAUCAGCGAAACAUUAAAUUGUAUUUUCUUGUAGUUUUUGAAAUCGAAAGUAGAUCGUCUAUGUUUGGCUGCUUUCACGAAACGAAACAACUUUUUUAUGAAAAGAUUUAAAUAAGAGGUAAUUUAACCGUAAACUUCAAUGUCAGAUACUGCCAACUGCUGCUAAAUGUCUUCGUAUCAUCACAAUUUGUAAAAUAUAUUGUUGAAACUGGAGAAAAGUGUAAUCGUAUCCGGAUAUAAUAUUUUGGGUAAAUAUCGAGCUGUGUUAUGAAAUUUUAAGAAAAAAACUAAAAACAAACUGAAACUGGUAGACUAUACUGUCAGUACAUCAAUCAUUAGCCGACUCAGGCCCUUCAGGCCUUUGAUUAGCUCAACUAUUCAAAGAAUAAGGGAGCUAUCCUACUCGUCCCGGCUUCGGCGUCACACAAAUGUUAAAGUUUGCGUACCACCCCAAAUGUAAAAAAAGGAGGUUUCUCUAUCAAGCAUUUUGACUGAAUUAUGGCCCCUUUUCAAUUUAGAAUAUACUUAUUGUAAUAAAAUAUUUUCAAAGUCCAUUGAGAUAUUGCUUUCAUAUUUUGCGUACUUGUUUACCAUUAUGACCCCAGUCUGUAAAAAGGAGGCGGCAACUCUAUCAAGCAUUUUGACUGAAUUAUGGCCAUUUUCGACUAAGAAUAUGCUUAUUGUAAUGUUAAAGCUUUACUCAUAGCUUAUAUUAUACUGUCAAGCACAGAGAAUAGUCGAGCGCGCUGUCAGCUGACAGCUUUUGUUAUGAGAUGGAGUUACCUUUUACACGCAAGUUGACUAUGAUAAACCAGUAUAGUUUAACUUUUAGUUGGUAUAUAAAACAAACAACAUUUUUAAUGUAAUUUUAACAGUGUCUUAACUAUGUCGUGUCAUACUUUUAUAAACAUGUUUGAACUUUAUAUUUUUAUCAAAUAAAAUUAGUACAAAAGA